ACGUGUCCCAUUUCAGGUUAGCUUGAACGGGCUCACAUACAUAAUAACAGACCUGGAGGAAAGAUGGGGAAGAGAACGGACGCGGAGAUGCCAGAGAACCCCCUGGAGCCUUACAUUGAGUCCAUUCGGCAGCAGCUGGAGGAGCAGGACCCGGUGCUUCUGGUCGGAGUUAUCGUGGCUCUGGCGGUGGUUGUCAUCACCUGCGUCUUUCUGAAGUACUUUCUAACCAGCAAAACUGUCCGGAGCGCCGUGCUGCUGGUGGGACUGUGUGACGCCGGGAAAACCCUUCUGUUUAUCCGACUGCUGUCGGGGAAGUUCAAGCGCACGCAGACCUCCAUCACAGACAGCAGUGCUCCGUACAAAGCUAAAAACGACAGGGGCAGCACCUGGACUCUGAUAGACCUACCAGGACAUGACAGUCUGCGGUCUCAGUACCUGGAGAAGUUCAAGUCAGCAGCCAGAGCUAUUGUGUUUGUGGUGGACAGCGCCAUCUUCCAGAAGGAGGUCAGAGAUGUGGCAGAGUUUCUCUACAUGUUGUUGACGGACACGGUGGUCUGCAGAAACGCUCCCACUCUGCUGGUGGCCUGCAACAAACAAGACAUCACGAUGGCGAAGUCUGCUAAACUGAUUCAGCAGCAGCUGGAAAAGGAACUGAACACCUUGAGAGUGACUCGCUCCGCAGUUCUGAGCGCUCAGGAUGGCUCGGUGGGAGGCAGCGUGUAUCUGGGGAAGAAAGGCAAGGACUUUGAGUUCAGCCAGCUGCCCAUGAAGGUGGAGUUCCUGGAGUGCAGCGCCCGCGGCAGCAAGGGCGACGACGGGGGUGCUGAUGUGGAGAGCCUGGAGAAGAGCCUGGCUAAACUGUAAAAGCUGCAUGUCAACUCACUGGAUGAGCAGCUCUGCCUUAAAGGACAAAAAGCGUGGGAGCGGAGCGUCUGCCAUCGCCUCGGUAAUCAGAAGAGGUGACAGAUGCUUCUCUGGGUCUGCGCAACCUCAGCAUCUUAACUCCAUUUAAACGUCUGAGCACCACAGGACAGAUUUUCAAACAUGGAAAUCAUUUAGAACUCACAAGGUUAACAGAUGAUUGGAUGAUAGCGGACGUUUUGGUUCCUCUGAUCCCAGCAAAGUUUAGUUUAGUUUAAGAGAUGUGUGAGAAAAGACUUUGCUGUUGUAUAUUGAAAAGAAGUCGAAUUAUUUCAGGUUUGAAGUGUAAACUGCCUUGUGAAAAUGGACCGGCAUGCGUUGCAUUUCUUCUUUAACUUGGACUGUUUGCCCCGUUCCUUUCUUUCUCUGUUGUCCUUGUUUUCAAUACGAAAUGUUUUUGCUGUUUGCAGAGAAAAAAAAAUGGCUCAGUUGUUUGAAAGCGUUUAAAUAUCCUGCAUUUAAAAUGAAUGUAUGCAUUGAUUUACUGUAGUUUUUUUCCUUAGUAAAACAUUUGUUUGCAUUAGACUUAA